AUGGACACUUCAGCCACAGCAAUUGAUUGGGCACUAGCCGAGCUCAUCAAACAUCCACAAGCAAUGAAGGAAUUACAAGUCGAAUUAGAGAAAGUGGUUGGUUUAAAUAGAAUGGUUGAAGAAUCUCAUUUAGAACACUUAAAAUAUUUGGAAAUGGUCAUUAAAGAGGUUUUAAGGCUGCAUCCUCCUGCUCCCUUGUUAGUUCCACACGAAUCUCUUGAAGAUUGUACGGUUGAUGGUUUUCAUAUUCCUAAGAAAUCUCGUAUAAUUGUCAACGCUUGGUCAAUUGGGCAAGACCCAAAUGUAUGGACUGACCCACAAAAAUUCUUUCCAGAAAGAUUCAUCCAUAGCUUAACUGAUAUGAAAGGCAGAGACUUUCAAUUGAUUCCGUUUGGAUCAGGUCGUCGAGGUUGUCCUGGAAUUCAAUUAGGAUUACUUAUAGUCUCGCUCGUGGUGGCUAAUCUUGUGCAUUGCUUUGAUUGGGAGCUUCCAAAUUGUAUGUUGGCCAUUGAUUUAGAUAUGGAGGAAGAAUUUGGUUUAACAUGUCCUAGAGCUCAAGAGCUUUUGCUCAUUCCUGCUUACCGUCUUCGCAACUAA